AUGACGUUCUACUGCCAGCCCUGCGCAAAGCUCGUGUGCCGAGAGUGCACAAUCACCGAACACCGGCAGGGGCGCAAACAUAACCCGCGGGAGAUAGGAGAUGUCGCACAGAAGUAUAAGGACGAGCUACAGACGUUGGUGCAGAAAACUUUGGACACCGCCGACGCCUUGAGGAACGCGAGUUACACCAUUGGGAAAGAACUGUCAAGCAUCGCAACAAACUGUCAAGUGGAGAAGACGAAAAUCCAGGAACAUUUUGCACAACUGAAGUCAAAAGUGGAGAAGGCAGAGAUGGACGUAGUGGACAAACUUGAGGAAAUGGAGAAGACACAGAAAGAGCCGCUGGUAAAAGAAAAGGAAACUUUUGAAGAAAAUCUAAGAUGUACUGAAGAUGGACUUCAGUUCUGUACAGAUGUCCUUGCUAGAAACAAUGAUGUAGAGGUUAUAGCCCUUGGGCAGCAACUUGAAGACAGGCUUAAAGUCCUAACUGCAAAGCAGGUAAAGCGUGAAGCACUAAAGAAAUACAUAACGUUCAACCAGCAUAACACUGAUAUGAAGUGUGAGUUAGAACUCAGUUGUAAGCCCCUUGUCAUCACAGAUUCACCGGUAGAAAGUCUGCCGACCACGGUAGUCUUCCGGCCACAGAAAGGUCAAGUUCAGGGAACACCUCAAGUCAAAGUCACCUCCCCUGGGGGACAGUGUGUCACCCUGGAAACCAUCAAAAUCAGCGAGGGGGUAUUCGAAGCUGUCUGGAGACCACAGACAUCGGGGAGGCAUGUGGUGGGGGUGGCUACGGGGGGAGGGGGUGAGUCUACAAGGGAAGGGGGGAAACGGGGGUGGGGUAGGACAUCAGGAAAGGGUGUGUGGUCUCCGCUAAUUGUAGAAGUGGGCAGCAACAACCCUGUACUGACGUUUGGGGAAAAGGGCAGCCAACAGGGGCAGUUUGACAGACCUUUGGAUGUAGCAGUCUGGGGGGAUAGGCUGUAUGUGGCUGACACGUUCAACAAGCGUGUCCAGGUGUUCGAUCUGAAUGGGACGUUUUGUUCCUCAUUUUUGACAACUUCGAACCCAGAAUCAGUCGUAAUUCAGACUGAUGGCACCGUAGUGGUGCUGUGUGGAGGUGAAGUGAUGAAAUUUUCACCGUCAGGAGAUCUGCUGAAAAAAUUAGAUCUGGAGGGACAUUGCACUAGCAUCAUUAGUCUUGCUGUACAGACGGACGGGGGAGUUGUUGUAGUUGAUUUUGACCAGAACAUUUUUCUGUUCGCCGAAGCAGAUGGGACACUGGUGAAACAGGUGGGAGGUCACCAGGAGCUGUUGAAGGCCCAGAAAUUCAACUCCAUAUCUUUUGUCUGUGUGGAUAAUGAGAGUAACAUCGUUGUGUCAGAUACACUUCAGAACUGUGUUCAAAUCUUUGAUGUCUGUCUGAAUUUUCUAAAUAAGUUUGGAGUGCAUGGUAGACAGUCACAUAACGUGUGGGGCCCUACAGGGGUGUCAGCUGACAACAGGGGGAACAUAGUUUUGGCCAACGUGGGGGAUAAGUCUGACUCAUGUGGCGUAGAACAUGGUAAAAAGCUUCAGGUAUUUCGCUUAGACGGGACUUGGGUGUCCACCAUUAGUAGUGAUGGGGACAGACUGAACAAGCCCCACGGGGUGGCUGUGACAGAGGAUGGACAUGUGUUUGUAGUGGACUAUGCUGAUCACUGUGUCAGGAAGUACAGAUACAUGUGA